AGUUAAUGCAUCAAUUUUGAAGCAAGGCAAAAUGCAUCAACCAUAUGGUGUUAUUUUGGCCAUUUUGGCUUUUGCUUUGGUUUCAGGUCUAAUAAAGGGUCAAACAUGCAACAAUGUCCUAUGUAAGAGAAAAGAUAUCACAAAAUUGGAAGAUGAAAUAGGCAGUAUGACCAUUAAAUCAGAAAAUGUAUUAUUGGGUAAAAUAUCUGAUCUAAAAAGGGAUAUUCGAACCAUGACUUCAAAACUGGAGGAUGAUAUUAAUAAAAUAUUUGCAAAAUUAUCUAUUUUGGAAACAGGAAUCAAAAAUGGAGGUGGCGAAGGUGAGGAACAUUUUUUCCUUUGACCGAAUUAUGUCCACUAAUACAAGUACAUGUAUAUCCGAAGACUCGAUGUAUUUUGAAAUUGU